UUCUAACGUUGAUGACAAAUAUUUGGAUACUGUGAUGUAAUUAACAAAUCAUUUCAGAUGCUCAAAUCAUUCACUAUUAUCGCGGUAGCAGCUGUAGGCAUCGGAGUCGGAACGAAUUACUACCUCCAAAGGGUUCCUGACAUGCCCAAACUUGAUUUAAAUCGAUGGUGGGGAGAUGGCGACAAACCAAAUCAAGAAGACGAAACAAUACGACCAUUUAAAAUUAUAUUUAAUGACACGAUAAUCGAUGAUUUAAAAAUGCGAUUAAGAAACCGGCGACCUUACACUCGGCCUUUGGAGGGCAUGCAAUCGGAAUAUGGAAUGAACACGAUAUAUUUGGAAAAACUCUUGAAGUAUUGGCAGGAUGAGUACAGAUUCAAAGAGAGGGCUGAUCUCCUGAAUAGAUUUCCUCAUUACAAGACGAGGGUGCAAGGUCUCGACAUACAUUACAUAAGAGUGAAACCCGAAGCGAAAGGCAAGCGGGUCCUUCCAAUGCUGCUCAUGCACGGCUGGCCGAGUUCGUCUAAGGAGUUCGACAAAAUUAUUCCGAUGCUCACAACGCCUAGAGACGAAUAUGACUUUAUCUUUGAAGUAAUUGCCGUCGAUCUACCUGGUUUCGGAUUUUCUGAGGGUACAAAUAAACCAGGCCUGAACCCUGUCCAAAUCGGUAUAAUUAUGAGAAAUCUAAUGAAAAGGCUCGGUUUUAAUAAAUUCUACAUCCAAGCCGGCGAUUGGGGUUCUCAAGCGGCAACACAUAUGUGUACGGUGUUUCCUGAUGAAAUACUCGGAUUCCACACAAACAUGCCGUUAUCGUCUAGACCAAUAAGUAAUGUGAAAUACAUCCUCGGGUCAUUGUUCUCUAGUUUGAUUGUUGAAAGCAAACACAGACACAGAAUGUAUCCUCUUAAAGAUUUGUUGACGUACCUAGUCAGAGAAAGCGGCUAUUUCCAUUUACAGGCAACGAAACCUGAUACAAUAGGCGCAGCAAUAGCAGACACACCAGCUGGGAUGGCAGCGUAUAUUUUCGAGAAGAUCGGUAUUUGCACAAAUCGAAAACAAUUACAUACACAACACGGCGGAUUAGGGAACAUAGACUUAGACGAUUUGUUAGACACGGCCACAAUAUUGUGGGCGAAUGAGCGCAUUACCACCUCUGUGAGAUUAUAUGCCGAGGCGUUUGCGUGGUCCGAAGUGUUCAUCGUCCAGGACAUCCCAACAAAAGUGCCGACGGCUGCAAUAAAUUUCCUACACGAAGUCGUUUAUCAACCAGAUUGGAUACUUAGGGAUAAAUUUAUCAAUUUAGUACAUUCCACUACUUUAGAUUUUGGCGGACACUUCGCAGCAAUGCAGACACCCAAAGAACUUGUUGAUGAUAUAUUCAUGUCUACUGUCGAAUUCCUCAAAUUCCACGCGCGAAACAAAUAAUUCGUAAACUAAAAUGUUUCGAAUACAGUCUGAUAUCUAUAAGCUGUAAUUUGAAUUGGAUAUUUAAUUUGCUCAAUAUCUUAAAUAAUAAAAAAAACGUUUAAUUUUAUUAUUAUUGAAUCAUACCACCGAAAAUAGUUCAAAUUCGGAGUAUAGAUGUUAGCCUAAGUCAGGUUUUUAGCUCUAAGUUCGGUUUAAUAGGUUAGAAGUUAAUAAAUUCGGAGCGUGGAAGACAGUAUUGAUAAUUGUAUAUUAAUGACUGCGAAACGAUUUUGUGGACUGAUCUCUAUGUAUAAUCUUGUCUUUGGAUAAUAUGUUUACGUUUUUAAUGUAAAUUAAUUAGGUGUAAGGGAAAAACGGCCUUGAUUUCAAACUCAUUGUAACUACAUGUUUCAGCUAAAUAUUUAUGAACAAGAUCCAAGUACGAAUUAUAAUUACCUACGGUUUUAACUGUUUCUUGUUUACGAAUAUUUUGCGGACGUGAAUCUACACUAAGAACAAAGUAAUAAAUGUAAUCAAACUUUGUGUUAAUCAAAUCA